AUGAAGGUUCUACUAACCUUGCUACUAUUUCUACCUUUCUGCUAUUCAUACGCCGGCCUCAUUCGAACACAUCGUCAUCUGAAAAAGAAGGAGAAUCCUGUUGCGCCGUCUGUGAGGACGAUGACGACGACGUCAACCAUCGAUGAACCGGAAGAAAAUUCGCAUACAAAUAAGAGAAAGGUUAGAGAUGUUGGAAGGUUAGAAGAUUUGAAAAGUCUGGGAACAGAUGAAGGCGACUUGUACGAAUUCGAAGAAAUACCAAAGAGGGCAGCAGCAAAACCGUCAAAUAAAAGAUAUUUCGAUCUUGAAGAAAAAUAUGGAGAAGAAAUGUCUAAACAAAACUCUAACGACGGCGACUACGACUACGACUACGAUGAAACCGUGAAUAAAAAUAAAGAAGUGAGGAAACCGCAGGAAAAAACACAUGAAUCUUCUAAAGAUGACCCGAAUUAUAACGUUGUGAUAGGUUUCGGGCUCGAGGACAAAGGAUUGAAAGAAAUGUUAAAGGACACGAUAGCGGCACUGAUGAAAUAUGUUGAUAACCAAGACGGCAAUAAUGACGGUGGUGCACUUCCUGAUAAAAAGGAUGAUGGACUUCCUGAUGAUAAGAAUGACGGAAGCCCCGAUACUAACGAUUUUGGAACUUUUCGAACCCCUGAUUUUGAUCGGACUACGCAAGAACCAAACGAGGAGAAGAAAACGACUACUCUCAUCGGCGGCGACAAAGAAUGGAUCCGUCAUCCAUGCGGCACGAACCAUCAAAUACUCAUUACGGAUCUUGCCAAGUUCAGAGGAUGCCCUGAGGCGACUGCCUUCUUCGCAAAAGUGUGUACCCCGUUUUAUCUUUGUUUGGCAGAUGAUAUAAUAAAGAGAAAGGACUGCGAAGAAAUGAUUUGCGAGCAAUAUGUAGCAAUGUCAGUGAAAAUGAGUACAGAAUGUUUCAAACACUUCUACGACUGUGAAUAA